GGGGCGCGGCUGGUGCGCCUGAGGAGCGAUGGCGGCGGCCUGAACUCACCUAGCCCGGCCGCCGACAGGCCGGGGCAGGGCGGCGUGGUGCAAGCGAGAGCGACGCGUGGGCCGCGGCGCGCGCACAGGCGCAAGGUUUGCAGCUCUGGACUGGGCAGUGAACUCUGGGCUUGCUAUUCCAGUUUGGUGUAAUCUGUGGCUCCAUGGCCAGCUACUGGCUCCUACAGACCGGAUGAAGCAGAUUGGAGACAAAAGUGGAGAAAGCCUCCAGCUGGUACCGUCUCAAAGUAUAGUCCUCAGGCUGCUGGCCCUGUCCAGCCUGCCUCAUGGAGAAGAUGAAUUGGCUGAGCAGGCUGGCCUCCCGGGUCCCUGGGCACCAUGUACCUCAAGGGGCCAGUCUGCAGACCCCUGUCGUGGCUGACCCUGAGACAUGCCUCAUGGUCUUCAAGAAUCACUGGUCUCAGGUGGUGCGAAUCCUGGAGCGGCAAGGCCCUCGGGCAGCUGCUGGAGGCACAGCUGAUGAUCUCAGUGCUGUGCGAAACCACACGUACCAAAUGCUAACAUUGCUGGCAGAGGAUCGAGCAAUCCCUUCAGCCCCUUCAGGCCCUGGGCCCCUGCUAGAGUUUGCUCUGCGUGAAGAUCUGCUGAGCCGAGUGUUGACAUGGCAGCUGCAAUGGGAUGAGUUUGGGGAUGGAGUUGAGGAACGGCGGGCUGAGCAGCUGAAACUAUUUGAGAUGCUUGUGAGCGAAGCUCGCCAGCCUUUGUUGCGGCAUGGGCCAGUUCGUGAGGCUCUGCUUGCCCUGCUGGAUGCCUGUGGUCGUCCUGUGCCCAGUAGCCCAGCACUGGAUGAAGGCCUGGUGCUACUUCUCAGUCAACUGUGUGUGUGUGUUGCUCGGGAGCCUUCAUUGCUCGAGUUUUUCUUGCAGCCACCUCCUGAGCCUGGAGCUGCUCCACGUCUUCUCCUCUUUUCUCGCCUUGUCCCAUUUGUCCAUCGAGAAGGCACCCUGGGUCAGCAGGCCCGUGAUGCUCUACUUCUGCUCAUGGCUCUCUCAGAUGGGAGCCCCACUGUGGGCCGCUACAUCGCAGAUCACUCUUAUUUCUGUCCGGUGCUGGCCACAGGGCUGAGUGCCCUAUACUCCUCACUGCCCCGAAAAAUUGAAGUUCCAGGGGAUGAUUGGCACUGCUUGCGACGGGAAGACUGGAUAGGAGUGCCAGCGCUUGCACUCUUCAUGAGUUCCCUAGAGUUCUGCAAUGCAGUCAUUCAGGUAGCUCACCCCCUGGUGCAGAAGCAGCUGGUUGAUUAUAUCCAUAAUGGUUUCCUGGUGCCUGUCAUGGGCCCUGCCCUGCACAAGACCUCUGUGGAGGAGAUGAUUGCCAGUACCGCCUACCUGGAACUUUUCCUGCGGAGCAUCUCUGAGCCUGCCUUGCUCCGUACCUUCCUGCGAUUCCUGUUGUUACACCGGCAUGACACCCACACCAUCCUUGACACCCUUGUUGCCCGUAUUGGCAGCAACUCCCGGCUCUGCAUGGUCUCUCUGAGUCUCUUCAGGACCCUUCUGAACCUCAGCUGUGAGGAUGUUCUGCUGCAGCUGGUUCUCAGGUAUCUUGUCCCAUGUAACCAUGUGAUGCUGAGCCAGAAGCCAGCUGUGCGUGACGUGGAUCUUUAUGGACGAGCAGCUGACAAGUUUCUCUCCCUAAUCCCUCGCUGUUGUCGGCACCAUGCCCCUAGCCCACCUCGUCCAGAGCAUGCCUCAUGGGCACGAGGUGGGCCUAGCAGAGAGGCAGGGAGAAGGGAGGACAUCACGGGCCCUGGAAGCCCAAGUGUCGAUUCUUCUUCAGUGGUAACAGUGCCUCGGCCCUCCACACCAUCCCGUCUGGCUUUGUUUCUUCGGCAGCAGAGCCUAGGUGGCCCUGAGUCCCCAGGUCCAGCUCCACGUUCCCCAGGGCUUAGUGCAUCCCCAAAUUCCAGCCCUGGCCGACGGCCUAGCCCUGCAGAGGAGCCUGGCGAGCUAGAAGACAAUUAUCUGGAGUAUCUUCGUGAGGCUCGCCGUGGUGUAGACCGUUGUGUCCGUGCCUGCCGAACCUGGUCUGCCCCUUAUGAUGGCGAGCGGCCCCCUCCUGAGCCUAACCCUCUUGGCUCCCGGACUAAGAAACGCUGCCUACUGCCUGAGGAGGACAGGGACAAUGUGGGGGAAGGGGAGGAGGAAAACCUAGGGAGUAGGGGACUAGCUGUGGGUGUAGGGGAUACCCCUGGCCACCUACUCCCACCCCAGCUCAAUGGGGUACCAGGACCAUGGCCAGAAGGAGCCAAGAAGGUUCGUCUGGUGCCACGACUGGUGCCACAGGAAGGAGUUAAGGAAUUAUUAGAGGGUACCUCUGAGGGUAUGGCAGGAUUAGAGAGCUUUGGGCAAGAGCUCCGGGAGCUGGAGGUGGCAUUGAGCAAUGGUGGAGCUGGUUCAGAGCCUCCCCUAGAGCCUCCACUACCUCCUGAGGAGGAGGAGGCCUACGAGAGCUUCACCUGCCCUCCUGAGCCCCCUGGCCCCUUCCUCAGCAGCCCUCUGCGAACUCUCCACCAGCUGCCGAGCCAGCCCUUCACUGGCCCCUUCAUGGCUGUGCUCUUUGCCAAACUCGAGAACAUGCUGCAGAACUCCGUCUAUGUCAACUUCCUGCUGACGGGGCUGGUGGCCCAGCUGGCCUGUCACCCCCAGCCCCUGCUCCGCUCUUUCCUGCUCAACACCAACAUGGUCUUCCAGCCCAGUGUCAAGUCCCUGCUGCAGGUGCUGGGAUCUGUGAAGAAUAAGAUUGAGAGCUUUGCAGCCUCCCAGGAGGACUUCCCUGCUCUGCUAUCCAAAGCCAAGAAGUACCUCAUUGCUCGUGGCAAGCUGGACUGGGCUGAAGGUCCUACAGCAGGCCCUGCUCCCCGCCGCUCUGAGUCUGUAGUGAGGAGCCGGAGGCCAUCCUUGGGGGAGUUACUCCUGCGGCAUGCACAUAGUCCCACCAGAGCCCGGCAGGCGGCACAGGUUCUUCAGCCUGGGCGAGAAGGAACAGGAUUUGGACUAGGUGGGGGCUCUCCAGGCGCUUCAACCCCAGUUCUGCUCCCCCGGAGCGGGGCUUCUGAACGACAAGGUGAGGCUCUGCGAGUCAAGAACGCUGUCUACUGUGCAGUCAUUUUCCCUGAGUUUCUCAAGGAGUUGGCUGCCAUCUCCCAGGCCCAUGCCGUCACCUCGCCUUUCUUGUUGGAUACUUCAGAGGAGGUAUCUGUUCCUCCCAUCUCAGGCUUUGGGCCCCUCAAUCCUUAAUUUUCUUCCAUGGACAAUCAGGGCCUUCUGUGGCCUGGGCUGAAUUCCAGGACACGGGCUCCUUUUUAUGUUUGGAGGCAGUGACAAAUGGACUUUUUAAUUUAUUUCAGAUGAAUGUUUUAUGAGAAUUUGUUGCAAUAUGUAUAAAAGGGAAAUCUCUAUUUUGUGCUCAUUCUUCUUUGGCACCCUUUAUCUCUGGGGCUGUGUCCCUGUGAAGGUUGUAUGCAGGUGGGACAUGAAUCAUCAGGGGGCCUUUCUGGUGGUAACACUGAUGGUUGGGUUUCAAGGUAGCCCCUUUACUCUUAGAAGCGAGAGGACUUAAUGCUUAGGGGAAAAUGGAGACUCAUUUUCUGCAUCCCAGAAGGAAGAAGCACACAGGCCCAAGGUGGUUUGGGGGUGCAGCAGCUGAUGUUUAUUGGGGACCAGUAUCCCUAUGUCAGAUCUUAGGGGCCUUGCCCCCUGCAUCUCUUGCCUCAGCUUCAUUCGUCGCUGUCGAACUCCGAGGACAGACCCUGCAGCAGGGGCAGGGACAUGGAGUGCCGGUCGGGGUCCCCGGGGCCCCCACCCUGGGCUCCUGGUGGGGGGUUGCGGGGGCUGAAGAGCCAGUUCUCUGCUAGGGUUGGGGAUAGUCACAGCUUGACUCAUGCCCCCCCUGAUCUUCCGCCCUAGUCCCUCCCUCUGAUUCUGUUACACACAUCCCCCCACCACACACCCUUACCAGGGUCAUGCUUCCAUCUCACCCUCCCUGGGCUCCCUCAAGUCUGUCCCUUCAUAAGGGUCCUGUACACACUCGGUUGCUGAACCCAUUCAUGGGCUACACUCCCUGUACCCUCUCCCUCCAAUGGUCUUUCCCAUCCCUCAUCUUCAUUUCCUCUAGCAGUACCUGAAAGCAUAUAGGGGCCCCUCCGGAAGGGGUUUCGACCCUUAUAGGAGAAUCUGGUGGGUCUGCUUUCUGGCCCUUCUUGGGGAGGUGGUGUAGGUGGGGCUGGGACAGGUGGAGAUACAUCAGCAACUUCAAGGGUAUCAGCAGGUACUGAUGUGGGGGCCAGAGUUGAUAAGAUGCUAAGGCUAGGUCUAACCCAGAUGGCUCCUUGGGGCAAUGGGUCUUUGGUUAGAGACUUCUGUGGUCCCAGCACACCCUUGGGCUGCAGUGAAAACUUGAGGCAGGAGAAAGCAAUAGGUAAUGACCGCUGUAACCGGAGCAGCUGGGGCUCACGGGCUGUCGGUAACAGCCCUAGCUGCAGCCAGGUGCAGGAGAAGACCUGGUAGAUGACGUAGAUGCUGUGGGUGCUUCGGAGCCAAGGAAGAUUCUGCUGUAGGCUCACCUGCCCUGGUGGUAGCAGUAGGAAGGCAACUUUCUUGCGCAGGCCUCCCAUAUGUAGGCGGAUCCGGCAGGGCUGCCCAUCCAACAUUCUCAUUUCUUCAUAGGCUAUCUCGGCUUGGCCAUUUGGUGAGUAUUCCCGAGUGCAGUGGGAAAAGACACCAUCAGACCCUACCUGUUCUAGAAGAUUUGGUAGCAGCCCUACUGAUUUCAGUGCCCUUCGACCCUGCCGGCCUGGCAAAAUUAGGCGGGUGUGGGCUGGACGGGACUGUUUCACUAGAACGCCCAGUAGAUCAUAGCAGGCUGCAUCCGACAGAAAAGGUACUGCCACUACAUUGGACCCAAAACGUUCCUCGAUGACCUGCAGGUGGCCAGUUUAUAAGUCAGGGUCUGAGUUAAGGUCAGAGGUUAACUUGUGUUGUCUAAAUUGACCUUCCCACCACUGUUCACUCUUUAAGUACAUUUCUAUGGUAUAAAUAGACCCACACUUCUUAUCACCUAGUUCCCUUCUGUAGUAAAACCUUGAAUGUCUUAUUUUGUGCCAGAUUAUGGUAGAUACUUGGAUACAUGAAAGAAUGAGACUUCGUUCUUAUCCUAAAGUAGCUUGGGCUAAUGGAGGAGACAAAAAUGUGAACAAUAGUUAGCUAAGUAAAAUGAUAGCAGUUUGAGAUAAAGACAAGUGAUUUAACAGCCUUUGUCUUUGAUAGAAAGAUGGUCAAAGACGUUUGGUAGUGGCAGUACUUGAGCUUUGGCGGGAUUAGCAGGUUGGGCAGUAGUCAUUCCUAGCAGAAAGGACAGCCAGGGAAAAUCCCUGAACCAUCAAAUCAUGUACAUUUAGGAACACAUAAUUUCAUAUUGCUUGCAUUUAAGGUAGGAAGAGGAAAGGCACACAGGAGUUAGUUUAUGGAAAGCUGUGUGUGUAAGCCUUUUAUAAGUGAUUGUUUUAUCCUGAGGCCAAUGGAAAGCCAUUUGUAGGCUCUGGGUGGAAGAUGGGAUCAGGAAGAAGAGAACUGAUUUUUCAUAGUUAUAAAGCGGGAAAGGGAAAUAACAAGACUGUUGAAAUAAUGCAAGCAAAACAUGAUUUUAUUUCCUGAGCUAAGGUAAUGGGAAGUCGAAGUCACAGAAUUGGUAGAACUUAGUCUCAUCAUGAAUGUGGAAAAAAGGAAUCUUCAAAGAUCUUGCUUAGGAGAUGGGAUAAUAUUGGUGAGAAAGGACACACGGAUGUAGGCUUACAAUGCCUGUUGUUUGUGGGGGUUAGUUACCUCUUUUGUGUUUUCUACCCAACCUGCGAGGGAUAGUUGUUUCUGUGUGUGAGGCCUAAUCUUUGUCUCAUUCCAGUAUCCAUUUAGAGUUUUUAGUUCCUUAGGUUUAUCCUUCUUUAUUUCUUGUUUUUGUUUGGAGUAUGUGUAACUGGUGAGCAGUUAUUGAGAGUACCUGGGAACAUUGUAAGAUCCUCUUUAGUAGUAACUUAGCUAUUAAGAUAGCCAUCCAUUCAAACUUUCAUUGACUGAACCUUCUGGCUCUCAGUUAUGCUAGAGAGCAAGGGCACAUAAAAGUUCCAAGUGAUCUACUUUUUAUCCACCAGAUCCCACAUAUCUGUGCUCCUACAUUGAGUUCAUCCAGUGGCCCCUGAAGCUGCCCUGCUCUUACUUUGUACCAUAAAGCUGUUUUUGAAGUGCUGGCCUGUACAUUGAAAGAAGGAAAUAAGGGCACUCAGAGGUGCCCUGUUCUGUUUGAAGUCGUUCCACUUACUCUGUGUAUCUCUGCCCUGAGUUAUUCACUGAGAUAAUAUAAGAAGGGUUUUCUUUUUUCUUUCCUAUGGAGGAAGGCCUCAUUUAUGUUCACUAUAAUUUCAGCAGGUCUAGGGUAGAUACAGAUGAGCACUGUUGAAACCAAUUACUCUUAAUCUUGGGAAAAUCCUUUGCUCUCUUAUUUCUGCUUCCCUUGCCUCUGUGGUGAGCAUAUUUCCAAGCAAUGGUUGUUAAGGGCCAUUAAGGCUGCCUCAAGUCUGAUGGUCGCUUCUCUAAGAUGGUGGUUUAAGCUUGGAAAUACACAUUUUUUCCUUUUUCCUCUGAAGAAUUUUGAUGUUUGUCUUAAAUUAGUUGUUCAUCCUCAGUUCAUUCAUUCACUCAGGUGUUUAUUUUGUGCUUUUAUAUGUCAGUUAUUGCUGCCACUAUUGUCUUAGAUGUCCCACCUCUUUCUACACAGAGACCACCUAAGAAUCAGCCUGGUCACACUUAGCCACUUCCUUCUUAGCCUCCUUAUUUUACCUACCUUAUCCUUGAUGAGGGUCCAAGUGGCAUCUGCUUCAUCCAGUGUUAGCAGGUGGGGGUUACUGACCAACAUG